AUGGCCUCUAAAGAUGCGCACCACCAGAGAAACGCAGCCCUGCGUGGCUUCCUCCCAGGAGCUCCAGACCCAGACCAGAGCCAUCACGCCCCAUUAUCCAACCCAGCGUCCUUAGGAUGGCAGCCGGGGAUGCAGCCGGGGGAUCCGCCACCAAGUGGUUUCCUGCCAACCCUGGACCUGAUCAUUAUACACCAGCAGGUGGAGCUUCUGGGAAUGAUUCUAGGCACUGAGACCGCUAACAAAUAUGAAAUUAAAAACGGCUUGGGACAAAGAAUUUACUUCGCGGUGGAGGAAAGCGUCUGCUUCAACCGUACUUUCUGUUCCACGCUGCGCUCCUGCACCCUGAGGGUCACAGAUAACGCGGGUCAAGAGGUGAUCACAGUGAACAGACCCUUGAGGUGUAACAGCUGCUGGUGCCCCUGCUACCUGCAAGAGUUAGAAAUCCAAGCCCCUCCUGGUACUGUAGUUGGUUAUGUUGCACAGAAGUGGGACCCUUUUCUGCCUAAAUUCACAAUCCAAAAUGCAAACAGAGAAGAUAUUUUGGACAUUGUUGGUCCUUGCACAACAUGUGGCUGUUUUGGCGAUGUGGAUUUUGAGAUUAAAACCAUUCAUGAGAAACUGACAAUUGGGAAGAUUUCCAAGUACUGGUCAGGAUUUGUAAAUGACGUCUUCACAAACGCGGACAACUUUGGGAUCCAUGUGCCUGCAGAUCUGGACGUGAAGGUCAAAGCGGCGAUGAUUGGCGCGUGUUUUCUGUUUGAUUUUAUGUUCUUUGAACAUUCACUGGCUGGAUUAUAACAAGCAAGAUGACGAAAACAAUAAAAUAUGCAGAACAUAUCCUAAAAUCCUUUGGGUGCUGAGUUUCAUUUAUGAAUGGUUUGAGUGUUUGCUUUUUGGUAACAAAAUGUUAAUUAUUGUAUUUGUUAAAAUAUGAUUUAAUGAGGCA